AUGCCAGUCUGUGUAAAGCAGCAGGAGACUAGGACAACACCGCCAGGUCAUCCAUACCAGACCAGGAUAACACCGUCAGGUCAUCCAUACCAGGCCAGGACAACACCGUCAGGUCAUCCAUACCACACCAGGACAACACCGUCAGGUCAUCCAUACCACACCAGGAUAACACCGCCAGGUCAUCCAUACCACACCAGGAUAACACCGCCAGGUCAUCCAUACCAGGCUAGGACAACACCGUCAGGUCAUCCAUACCACACCAGGAUAACACCGCCAGGUCAUCCAUACCACACCAGGAUAACACCGCCAGGUCAUCCAUACCAGGCUAGGACAACACCGUCAGACCAUCCAUACCAGGCUAGGACAACACCGCCAGGUCAUCCAUACCACACCAGGAUAACACCGCCAGGUCAUCCAUACCAGGCUAGGACAACACCGUCAGGUCAUCCAUACCAGGCUAGGACAACACCGCCAGGUCAUCCAUACCACACCAGGAUAACACCGUCAGGUCAUCCAUACCAGGCCAGGACAACACCGUCAGGUCAUCCAUACCACACCAGGACAACACCGUCAGGUCAUCCAUACCACACCAGGAUAACACCGCCAGGUCAUCCAUACCACACCAGGAUAACACCGCCAGGUCAUCCAUACCAGGCUAGGACAACACCGUCAGGUCAUCCAUACCACACCAGGAUAACACCGCCAGGUCAUCCAUACCACACCAGGAUAACACCGCCAGGUCAUCCAUACCAGGCUAGGACAACACCGUCAGACCAUCCAUACCAGGCUAGGACAACACCGCCAGGUCAUCCAUACCACACCAGGAUAACACCGCCAGGUCAUCCAUACCAGGCUAGGACAACACCGUCAGGUCAUCCAUACCAGGCUAGGACAACACCGCCAGGUCAUCCAUACCACACCAGGAUAACACCGCCAGGUCAUCCAUACCAGGCUAGGACAACACCGUCAGGUCAUCCAUACCACACCAGGAUAACACCGCCAGGUCAUCCAUACCACACCAGGAUAACACCGCCAGGUCAUCCAUACCAGGCUAGGACAACACCGUCAGACCAUCCAUACCAGGCUAGGACAACACCGCCAGGUCAUCCAUACCACACCAGGAUAACACCGCCAGGUCAUCCAUACCAGGCUAGGACAACACCGUCAGGUCAUCCAUACCAGGCUAGGAUAACACCGCCAGGUCAUCCAUACCACACCAGGAUAACACCGCCAGGUCAUCCAUACCAGGCUAGGACAACACCGUCAGGUCAUCCAUACCAGGCUAGGACAACACCGUCAGGUCAUCCAUACCAGGCUAGGAUAACACAGCCAGGUCAUCCAUACCAGGCUAGGACAACACCGAUUAAACACCGCCAGGACAUCCACACCAAACCAGGAUCAGACACCGCCAGGACAUCCACACCACACCAGGAUCAGACACUGCCAGGACAUCCACACCACACCAGGAUUAAAUACCGCCAGGACUUCCACACCAAACCAGGAUCAGAUACCGCCAGGACAUCCACACCAAACCAGUAUCAGAUACCGCCAGGACAUCCACACCAAACCAGGAUCAGAUACCGCCAGGACAUCCACACCAAACCAGGAUCAGAUACCACCAGGACAUCCACACCAAACCAGGAUCACACACCGCCAGGACAUCCACACCACACCAGGGUUAAACACCGCCAGGACAUCCACACCACACCAGGAUUAAACACCGCCAGGACAUCCACACCAAACCAGGAUCAGAUACCGCCAGGACAUCUACACCACACCAGGGUUAAAUACUGCCAGGACAUCCACACCAAACCAGGAUCAGAUACCGCCAGGACAUCCACACCACACCAGGGUUAA